AUGCCCGUUGGUAUUGAAGCAUGGCUCACUCAAAUACCGCCCAUAACGCGUGCAUGGCUUGCCCUGUCUGUGCUAACGAGUCUAGCUGUUCAAUGUCAACUUGUUACACCUCUCCAACUGUAUUUCAGCUAUAAAUCGGCUUUUACAAAUGUUCAGCCAUGGAGGAUGAUCACGACCUUCUUCUAUUUUGGCUCAAUAUCGCUUGACUUUGUCUUCCAUAUGUUCUUUUUCAUGCGAUAUAGCCGGAUGCUCGAAGAAUCAUCCUUUGCAAAUAGGAAGGCAGACUACUUCUGGCUCCUUUUAUCCUCUUCUUUGAUGUUACUCGCUCUGUCCCCUCUCGUCAACCUUCCCUUUCUCUCCUCUUCUCUCGCCUUUGUCCCCAUAUAUCUUUGGUCACGUCGACACCCAUCGACCCCGAUAUCGUUGUUCGGUUUGAUUACUAUCACUGCGCCUUACUUACCACUUGCGCUCGUUGCGUUUUCCUGGGUACUUAACGGCACCUGGCGUGCUGCAGCUGGUGAUCUCGUAGGCUGCGCUGUAGGACAUAUAGGGUGGUUCAUGAGGGAUGUAUGGGUGAGAGAGAUGGUGGGUGGGAAUAGCAUACUGAGUGAUGCGCCGGAAAUACUGUAA